UUUGGAAUAUCCGAGAAGGUGGAAGGCCUUGGUCACAGCAGUGCACAUGAAUGCAGCGCCUCAGUGAUACCGCUAAAAUUAAGGAUCUCGUCAAUGUUUUCUUGUUUAGGCCACAGGAGGAGCGCAUGGUUAUGGUAGUUCUCUUCAUCGUUGGACCAGACGCGGAUGUUGCUGCUCUAAACAGUUUUCCGUCCCGUCAAAGGACGCAGUCGCCAAAGCUCUCAAUGACUUUCCUGCUGCACAAAAGGUGCUUGACUUAAGGUUUAGACGAUGAGUAAUCCACCUUCUGAAGCAUCCUGCAAACGCAAAGCUGGUGUCGGCGUUGCGUGAGAUCAUGUUGAGUGGGGCCCUAGGAGGCUUCUCAAGGUGGAUCGUGGUUAGCUCUAACUAGUGACCUGACGCCGAAAACUCCACAGGAGUUUACACCAGAGGCGCUAUGGAACGGCAUCCUAGUUGAUCGCCUAAAAAGGAAGGAGCCGAACCAGACUAGUACUAGAACUACAUCUACAACUACGACUUUGACUACAGGGAGUGUGAGCCACGCUGCAGUGGAUGGAGGUGGCGUCACGAUCGAGCAGCUCAACACCCUGACCAACCAGGUAAACCAGAUAGGCCACAACUUAACCCAGUUCGCCGCCCAAACAGCAGCAAACUUCCAGCAGCAAGGGAACGCUAUCCAGCAGCAACAGAAGCAGAUCAGCAUGAUGCUGGAGCAGAUGAACAAGAUGCUCACCAUGUUGGGGCGAAUGAUGACAGAAGGCGUCGCUGCAGCUGCUGCUGUUGGUGGAAGUGGGGUAAUAGGAAGUGCACCUGGA